CCUCACAUGACCGGAGUUGGGCGUGUCCGGGCCGCAGUCAGGUGACCUGUGUAUAAGAGGAAGCAGCCGGUGCUGGGUGUCAUUGUCGCUCCCCCUGUACGAGGCCUCCAGCUUUUCCGAUCGAUCCCAGCCGCCUCUCCACAUCGCACCGCGAACCAGCCGGCACCAUGGCGCUCAGCGAUGCGGACGUGCAGAAACAGGUGAGUCCGGGCUUCACAAUAUGGGGCACACUGCCCGGGGGAGAGAUGGGGCACACACUGCCCGGGGGAGAGAUGGGGCACACUGCCCGGGGGGGAGAUGGGGCACACCGCCCGGGGAGAUGGGGCACACUGCCCGGGGGGGGGAGAGAUGGGGCACACUAUGGAACAUCAGGGGGGCAGGGGGCUUGUAGAAUGAUGGGGACAUUGCUGUGGUGGGGGGUUACUGUCAGUCACAUCUGUAUCUUGUAGUUCUGCCACCCUCCUCUUCCCAUCCUCCUUAAUAAGUGUAUCGAUAUAUUGAUCUUAUAGUGUAAGCCCUGUGGUGGUGGUGGUGGUGGUGGGGGGCUGUGUGGUGCUCCAGGCCAGCACACCCUGCCUGCACUCCGCUGGAUAUUGUGUUAAUAAACAGUGACCUGGCUGUGUAAGUGAUAUGGCAGAUUUCAGGUUCAUGUAUAUUCUAUAGAUAACCCUAAUUUUACAGUCUGUGUACUGUCUUUCACAAUGACCUGAGACUCAUCUGAUCUAUGCAUGAAUUUGUAAAGGACCUAGAUCACAUGAUUUCACUACUGGCAAUUCAGGAACUGAAACCAGACACCCCCACAAAACCUGGCUUUUUUGCUAACAGUCUGACAAUAUUUCCAGAGCUAUGGAAUCCAUGGUUUUUUUUUCCCACAUGGAUGUAUAGUCUAUAAUGUAACUCAAAAUAUUUUAGAUUCUGCCAUAUGGUCUGAGGGUACAGCGAUAACUUAGUAACUACCUCCUUACCACAAACUCCCGAGAAAAUAAACUACUAUGUUGAUACAGGUAUAGCACAUUACCUUGUACAUGAAUAUGAGGCAUCCUGAAAAAAGGGAGUUGUUCUGUAGAUUGUUAUAACAUUCAUAGCUGAGAGGUUGUGUAUACACUACUUAGACUGUGCACACACAGAAUCAUUCAUGAAAGUGUGAAUUGUCAAGAAUGUGAAUUUACAAUUUUAGCCCCAUACUGUAAACUUCCUGUGUAUGUGUGUGUUUCCUUCAAUGUUCACACUUUAGUAAGUAAUCUUGCUAGGCACCGCAAAGUUUGUGAAUCUGGCCCUUUUUCCAACUAUGUUGUUUCUGGAGUGGGCUCUGAAUGGUUAAUUAUAUCUUCGUGCCCUGCCUGGCAGGUCUUGUUGACAGUAAAUAGUGGGUUUAGGUAGAAACUGCUCAUUUCUAGAUUUGAAAGCCAGUGUUGAGUGGUAUCCAGAUUACACCCAGCCAGGACUGGACUGUGGGUUGUUUGAGGAAGAUUGGGCCAAUUCCUCGUUUACAGGGAAAAAAAUUGGUUUAUGAUGACUUUGUACAUUGCAGCAGGAUCAGACUUUCAGAACAUCCAAUAUUUUUUUUUUUUUUUUGCUUCUCUUUUGCAAAUGGCAAAAAAGCAUAUUUUUCAGUUUUUGCUUAAUUUUAUUAUAACUUGCUUUAAAACAUUAAAUGAUACACUUCAUAUAUCUCCCAGGACAUACUUGAAAACGAGAGCAAUCUCAAUGUAUCUUAUCUGGUAAAAUAUUCUUAUAAAUAUAUUUCUGGGAUAAUGUCCACACUGUGAAACCUCUAUCUGCCACACAAUCUUCAGUUGGCCGGAAUUCAUUACGCUUCUGCUUGCUUUUAUAAUAGCAGAUUUAUUAAUAAUCUUGAUGGUUCAUUUUGCUGUAUGCUCUUAUUAUAGCAAUCUGACCAUGGCAGGCAGUUAGCGGAAUAUAUUGAUGUAGGAAAAAGUAAGUAAGCUUUUAAUUGCUAUGGUUAUUAUUUGACUAAUACAAUAGCAUAGAUUUUAUUUUGUAUUUAAAUUUUCACUGUAGUGUUGGAAUGCAGCUGGUAUCAAUCGUGAUGAUCUCAACAAAUCCAAUGCUAUUGUGCACGCAUGGCAAAACACAGUGCUGCGCCAAUCAUUCUCCUAUGGAUGCAUUAAUUCAAUGGGGCGUGAUCAGGCACUGAAUGUAGGUGCUGCGUUUAAUGCAGCGCUGAACUAGGAAGCUCUUCUAGUGGCCGUCUGAGUGACUGCUGCCCUUUUCUCUGAAAUGGCAGCAUUGGCAUUGAAAAGCCUGCAGGGGCAUGGUACGGACACCAGAACCACUACAUUAAGCUGUUGUGGUUCUGGUGACUAUAGUGUCCCUCUAAGUACAGUAAACAAUAAAAAAACAAAGGUGCCUCGCAGGCCUGCGAUAAAUUAUGCAGAGCAAAGGUCAUGUAUAAAGGAUUAAGAUUAUGCAAAGACUUAAAGGGACUCUAUAGUCACCCAGACCACUUCAGCUCAAUGAAGUGGUCUGGGUGCCAGGUCCCUCUAGCUUUAACCCUUCAGGUGCAAACAUGGCAGUUUCAGAAAAACUGUUUACAUUUGGGGUUAAGCCAGCCUCUAGUGGCUGUCUUCCGGACAGCCACUAGAGGCCCAUCUGCGAUGCUGGAGGCAUAUUAUGCCUCCAUCACGCAGAGCGUCCAUAGGAAAGAUUUGAAAAAAAUGCUUUCCUAUGGACACUUUGAAUGCGUGUGCGGCACUUGCCGCACAUGCGCAUUCAGUUAAGCUGACGUCGGCAGAGUAAGCUGACGUCGGCCGAGGAAGCCUGGCACUGGAUUAAGGUAAGUAACUGAAGGCUUUUAACCCCUUCAGCGCCACGGCCGGGGGCACCCUCAGGGCACUAUAGUGUCAGGAAAACCGCUUUGUUUUCCUGACACUAUAAUGAUCCUUUAAGGAAAUAAUUGGAAGGCCAAAAUGUUAAAGAACCUGUAUUCUAAAUCUAAACUGGAUGUGGAUCAGAAAUCUGGGAUUUCAGACUGAAGUUCUUAUACUACAAAGUUAUCAAGGAAGAGGUGUGAGUUUCAAUAGUUAUUGCAUGCUCAAUGGGGUCACUUAUCAAAAGGAUUGGAAAUGCUGUUGGAGAGAGUGGUCCUAUGUUUUGGUGUAAAUCUUUUUUUUUUUUUUUUUUUUUAACUUUUAAAGCCGAAUACUGGAACAGGUGGCCCUAUCCUAGUAAGACCAUUGUUCAAAGUAAUACGUUUGUGAGGUGCUCAGGCUGGAUGUGACUCAAAGAUUACUUCUAGACUUCAAGUUGACGUUCCCCAGUCUGGCAUUGUCACUCUGUUUAGCAACACUACCGAGUUGUGAUCCAUUGGCAAUGUAAACUGUUGUCCAUAGAGCUAAAGUUGUACCUUUUUUCAGGUCCCACACCACCACAAAUCACACUUUCUUGAUGGCGACAUAGCUCAUCAGUUUCUGACUCUGCUAAGCUACAGGUUGUUCUCAGUCAUUGUCCCUGACCUGGCUCAGCACUGCUUCCAAUCCAAACCAUAAACAGUGUUAAGUUGGAGUGGUAGCUGCCAGGAUAGGGGCAUUCACGAGGGCUGCUUUAAGUUGCUGCUUACAUUUUGGGGCCCAUACUACCUGGCGAAGCAAAUUCUUAUGGCACUGUAAUUUGGGACAAACGUCCUAUAGUACCCCACUGUUCCUAGAAAGGUCACGGGGGUAUAAGAAAUAAGGAUAGUAUAGUUCAAGGGUGGUCCACCUGUAAUCAAAGCUUGAAAAGCAUCUUAAAGGUUGUAGAAUGACUGGGCACCGAAUGAUAUUCUCCGUCAUCUACAUAUCAAUAGACCAAAUACAAUGCUGCACAAGCUUGAUCUUGCUUUUAAAGAUGUGGCACACAAAAUUCACAACUUAACGCUUUGUGUCUUAUCUGUCUAUGUCAGACAAAAUUGCAAUAAUUUGUGCAAAAAUAAAAUGUCAGACUUAUUUACUAAAUGGCUAAUUGUGAUUCAUAGACAAUGCAAUUAUGAAUGUUGGGUAAGCAGGGAAAAAAAUACUCAAUGUUUCUACUACUUUUUUCACAUUCUGUUCAAACUGGGUUCCGUGUGCUGCAGUCUUCUUUUAGAAUUCUGUAGGUCUUUGUUCUUUUAUUCUAUUUCAUUAUAGCUGCAUCCUGCUAAUAUCAAAGAUAUAGUUGGGGCAUCUUUGUUCUGUUGGUCUCCGCAUUUUAGUCUGUCAUGGGAAAUGUAGAAACUAUCAAUUCAUUUUUAUUUUUUUUUAAAUCCAUUUCUCCCCCCUCCUCCUCUAUUCUAGAUCAAGCACAUGAUGGCUUUCAUUGAGCAGGAGGCUAAUGAGAAAGCAGAGGAGAUUGAUGCUAAGGUAAAGUUGUGAAUUCACCAUUCCAUAUGUAUAUUUCAGUCAAAUGUGUUUUUGUUUUUUGAAUGAUUCACAAACCUGGCUACUGCAGGCACAAUGGUUGCUUCAGUGAUUUGUUGAAGUGGUUGUGGUGCUCGGAAUAUGUAUGUACACAUUUUCCAUGUGUAACACUGCAUAUAACUAUCUUCUAUUGCUGAUAGUGGUGUAACUCCACAUCCAGUAGCAUCACUCACCUCUCACUACAUAUCACAUCAGUAUAGUCUUGUUAUAUUCAGCUUUGUAAGUUUCUUAAUUUUGAAAAUCUUAUGCCUUUUCUAGGCAGAAGAAGAGUUCAAUAUUGAGAAGGGUCGAUUGGUCCAGACACAGAGACUGAAAAUUAUGGAGUAUUAUGAGAAAAAAGAGAAACAGAUUGAGCAGCAAAAGAAAAUGUAAGUGUCCUGUGCUUUGGAGCUCUUUCCAGAUGACUAUAAGCACUUUAGUGAUUCAAAAGUGCAUUUUUUUUCUCAGUUAACCUUAUUUAAUGAACUUUUUUCUUACAGUCAAAUGUCAAACUUGAUGAACCAAGCAAGACUAAAGGUGUUGAAAGCUCGGGAUGACCUGAUUUCUGUGAGUAUACAUGAAUUACUGGAUGUACUGCAAAGUCAAAAUGGUUAUGGGCGUAAUUAACUUUAGCUCCCACUUCCUGAAACGGACACUAAAAUCUUCCAUAGCCAGUAGAUCAGACUAACUCACAACUUACUAUAACAUGCACAUUUGUUUCCAAAUUACCAAAGUGGCUUAUGUGGACACAAGAUAUAAUGAAACUUGCCCAAGAACUGUAAUUGCAGGUACCCUCCCAGCAGGCCAAUCCUGCUGAUGCCUGAAAAUGGUUCAACCAUUCGAAAACUAUUACAAUUUGCUCAACUUUAUUUAUGGAAUUCUGGGAAAGUUGAAACUACUGGCCACACCGCAAAUUUACUUCAUGCUUUUGUUAAAACCACAUUUGAUUCUGCUGAUUGAAACAUGAAAAUGUACAUUUGUAUACUGUUAUGAUUAACUUGCAAAAAUCCCAAAUCCCCAUUCCUGUUCCCUUCCCUUUUUAAUAUUUGUGUGUGGUAUGAAUUGUGCAUAUGUCCUCUGCAAAGGUGCCUCAACCUCAUAAUUAGCAUGUUCUAUGUGGAAUUUUCACUGGAGUCAAAUAAACUUACACAAAGCAAUGUUUACCUAAACAAGGCCAGUGUGUAGCCCAUCAAUAUGUUUAUAUAAUAAAUACUGUGUUCAGAUGACACAUCUCAUCUUGAAUAAAGGCACAAAAAAGGACAAUGCUCAUUCUGAAAAAUCUAUAGAUACAGAGAAGCAGAUCCUGUUUUUUCCUCCUAUGCUUUGUGACCUCCAUGACAUUCGUUCUGCCCUUGGUUUAAAACUGCUGCAUUCAUCUAGCUGGAAACCUACUAACCAUUGUACAAAGUUUCUUUUUUAUUUAUGUUCUUUGUGUGGGAACAUUUUUUGUUCAUGACAAACAUUCUCAACGCCAGUUAUACAACCUUUUUAAUUUUUAUUUACUUCUUCUGUGACUUGCAAGUUAAGGUGAAACAUCAAUGUAUGUAACACCCAAUGGACCUAAAAUAUAGAGCAUGCUUUCAAAAAGUUACCCUGUUCUAUGUAUUCUAAAUCUGUAUGCAGCCAAUGAACCAACAGAAGCAAAGUUAAUGUGCGCAUAACUUUAUUUCUCUUCCUUUUCUAUGCUCCUAUUGCACACAUUUCCAUGUAAAAUGCUAAACACCCAAGCUGUUACGACUAAAAAAAGUACUUUUUUAUUUUUUUUAUUUUUUUUCAUGCUUUUGUCCCUUCCCCACUUGAACCACCGCUUUUCCUAGGUGUUUCUUUUAAUCCUCCGCUAUAGCUAUAUAAAAGGCUGUAUACUGUCAAAAGGCAACAUGCCUUGCAACCCAGACCAGGAUAGAGUCCCUAAAAUUUGAUGUUGGUGUGAAUAUAUCUCUUGGGAGGGAGGAAGGAAUGGCUUUUUGUGUUCAGGCCUACCCCUUCCUACUCCUUUAAAGGAACUGUCUAGGUUUAAAAAAAUAAAUGCAUAUUUCCCGCUUACUUCAAACCGUAAACCUACUGUCGCUAAAUGCGUGGGUUUAAAUAAAAAAAAUGUCCCCCUAAAUCGUGUAGAAAUUAAAUGAAGUGCCUGUUUUAAUCUUUAUUUUGAUCUGAUUUUCUGCUCGUCUGUCAUUUCCAUCUUUGCUCUAUCCCUUACAGGGUGUGCCUGAGCUUCAAUAAGCUCAGUAAAUGCCCAUUCCUCCUAAGUCCUCAGCAUUCAGACACUGCAACGCAAACAUUUCCUCACCACAUUAGAUGUCAUAUUUAUUGUAAAUAAAUCCAAAGAGUCAAACUCCUAAAUACAUAUAGCGCUUUGUGUUCUCUCUAUCUAUAUAGGGAGGUUCAUAGGCCUGGCAAGGUAAGGGGUUAACUGUGGGUGGUGAGGUUGGUUGACAGGAACUGGAGGUGAAUUUAUUACUUGAAUUGGUUAAGGAAUAAUCUCAGCGCAGAUAAGACAUGCCUCUGUUUUCAUUGACUGCAAUAGGUACGUUUCUUUCAGAGACUGGGAAUCGGGAACAUGUUGAAAUGUGAGAAGGGGUGGCUAAGGAGGCUGGGUUACACUACUGUAAACGGCAAAACCUUUUACAGCAGUGCAGGAAAACUACUCAGAAUUGAGAAACUGAACACCUGUAUUUUGAACGUAUUCACUUUAAUGUAAAAAGAAUACUGUAGGCACUUACACCACAUCCGCUACAGCUGAAGUAGUCUGGGUGCUGUGACCCUUUUGCACUUAGUGCUGCAAUGUAAAACAUUGCAGUUCCAGAGAAGUCGGCCCUCAGUGGCUGUCUACCAGACAGCCACUAGAGGGCUUCCUGAAUCCAAACUGACUCUUGGUCCGUUAUCUGACACUGGAUAUCCUUGCGGACCUCCAGCAUCAGAUUUUUUUUUUUUCCGUGCAUGCACAUUAGAUCUCCCUGACAGCUGACCUCAGCAGGGAAGGAGCAUAAGCAGAGUCUGACCCAGCACUGAGGGACAUCGGCGCUGGUUUCAGGUAAGUGACUGGGGUUUUAACACCUUCAGCCCCAUGAGGGAGGAACUCCAGGAGCCAACCUGUUUUCCUGGCAGUAUAGGAUUCCUUUAACUUGUUUAACUGCCGUGUGUGUGUGUGUGUGGUUUCUUUUUUUUUUUUGCAAUAGAUUCCGCAUACAAAAUCAAAGACUCUCCGCUUCUUGCAUAGCAUGUAACUUGACCUCUAUUGUAUAUUUUUUAUUUUUCAUUUCUACAAUUGAAAUUGCGUAGUUUAACUACCAAACCAUUAUUAUAAAUACCGUGCUGUUUACUCAAGUAGAAACGUAAUGCUAUUGCUCACUACGACUGUUGUCAUGUUUCACUAUUUCAUUGUGUUUUUGACGUAUGCCGGCAAUUGCUGUUGUGACAUUGCGGGCUACCUUGUAUUCUUUUGCACGACCAAAAAUAAAGAAUUUAAAAAUAAAAAAUAAAAAAUCAAAGACUCAUUUACUGAUUAAUGACACUUUUGGAUGUUGUAAUCUAUCCAUGAUUUAUAAGUGUUAAUUGUAUACAGAGAUGAGCAUUAUGUUUUCAGAUGUAUAAACACUCACAAAGUCCCCCUUUCUGUUUGCAGGAUUUACUUAGUGAGGCUAAGCAGAGGCUUAUUCGGGUGGUGAAGGAUGCUGGUCGUUACCAAGCCUUGUUAGAUGGACUAAUUCUACAGGUAUUACCCACUCUUGUACCAUGUGCUACCCUGAACUUUAGAAAAAAAAUUUUUGGUUUUUUUUUUUUUAUUUUAUUUUUAUUUUUUUAUUUUUUUUUUGUGUUAAAGACCAUCUGUUCUUUCUCAGGGUUUUUAUCAACUUCUUGAACUAAAGGUGAUGAUUCGGUGUCGUAAACAAGAUCUCCCACUAGUUAAGGUUGGUAACUGUUUGUCAUAACUCCCCCCUGCCUCUCCCGUGUUGCACUAUUUAUAAUGCUAAGCGACCUUCCCAAGCAGUCCAUCCCCUCUGAUGCUUUGGCAAAUAAGGAAACCAUUAGAUUGAAGGCAGUAAGCACACACUCACAGAUUCACAGGCUAUCACAGCCACCAUUGCUGGAAUUUGUAUGGUUAGAGGGCAAGUAUAUAAUCUGUGCCUUUGCCCCUGUAAAGGCCGGCUUGAUGGUGGGCAAAAAAUGAUUUAAAAACACUAGAUGGAGGGUUUGCACCAGAGGACUCCAGGCCCUAUAACCAGUGCCGUGAGAUGACAUUGUGCCUACAGUGUUUCUUUAACAAAUGCAUGUAUUUGUAGUUCCUUCCUUUUUAGAUUAAACAUUCUUGCCAACCAAUAAAAAGAUGGGGGGGCUUCCGCUCUUAUCUUGUGUCUAAUCCAAAGUGCCAAAUGGAUGCUUCUCAUAGAGCAGUUUUCUGCAACACUAAACAUGACUUCCAAUUCUUCAAAGUCUCUUAACAGGGAACUGCCCAUAGUAGCUCACAGACGGAGGCACUCAGACUGACAAAUGUAAACAUUGCUAUUUGCUUGAAAUGGCAAUGUUUACCUUUUGUCAGACUGCAGGACACUGUCUCUGCUAUAGAGCAUGUGUAAUGCGUGUGCAGGAAUCGGUCUCUCUAAAAAUCUGCCUGCCCUGGGGAGUAGAAAUUCAGCUUUAAGUGCCAUGCACCAUCGAGGCUUGCAGUGGCAAGAAAUGUUUUAAGGCAUGGCAUAAUCGUGUAGGAUUGUGAAACUUUGUGUGUGAGAUGCAAGUAAAACUCUUAACACUAGUUUUAUCUUUAGACUGCUGUACAAAAGAGCAUUCCGAUCUACAGAGGUGCUACUAAGAAGAGCUUGGAAGUGGGGAUUGAUGAGGAGACUUUCUUAUCCCAUGAAAUGUGAGUAUCUGUUGGACAUUUAACUGGUUCCGCAACUUAAUUGUAAGUUCUGUAGAGCCAGAAGAAGGAACUGUGCCCCCCAAUUUUAAUUUUUUUUUCAUUUAAAAAAAAAAAAAAAAUUAGAGCAUGUUUAUGCUUCCCCAUCUGAAUCUAGCAUGAAGACUGAGUGGCCUAAAAUGUCACCAUUCCUGUUAGCUAAGCCACUGGCCUGCAUUCAUUCCUACAUUUGGAAAAUAUAAUUGAAUGCUAAAGCACUGUCGUGCUCAUAAUUACUGUAAUUUGCUUCUAAUGCUAAGAUGGCUGAAUUGUAAGUAAAGGUGAAAACAAAACCCCUGUUAUAACAGACUGUUCCACCUUUGUUUGCUCUGUUGUAGAGCUGGAGGAAUUGAGAUGUACAAUGCAGAUGGAAAGAUUAAAGUGUCAAAUACACUGGAGAGCAGACUGGACCUGAUAGCUCAGCAGGUAACUGUACAUUUUUAUAAAAUUAUGUUAAUGUGCUUUAAAGAAACCAUUUAAAUACUUCAAUUUGAUUGCUCAAUGCAGCUCAUUUGGUGAAUCUAACAGUUUUUUUUUUUUUUUGUUUUGUUUUUUUAACUCUCUAACCCUGUUUCUCUAACAGAUGAUGCCAGAGAUCAGAGUAGCUUUGUUCGGGGCCAACCCAAACAGGAAGUUCUUGGACUGAUCCUGGUAAAGGAGUUUAGAAGAAUGUUCUUCUGCCAUACAUCGGAGUGGGUGGGAGAGAUUCCCUUCUUUUGUUUCCUGUUCUCUUGUUCUGCUAUUUGAAACUUAACUAUGUGUUUAGGGAGAGUGCAUGUGAACCAGAUAUCUAAAUUGUAUAUUGUGGCUUGUCUGUUCUACCAGAGCAAAACAUAGGUGUUCUCUCUAGUGGAGCCUCCAACAUGUACUUCUCUAGAUAUUUUGGAACUACAUAUUUAGUGAUAUUUCUACUUGUGGAGGUUUAUUUGUUGGCUAUCACAGAUCUUGUUUAUACAUUGUAAUAAGUACCAGUUUAUUUCUCCCUUGUUAAGCUCUGUAUCCUGCAGUUGUAAACCGUAAUGCUCUCAGUACAUUGUUCUAAUGUACACAAACAGGCUGUUGCACUCUCCCGGUCAACUAGUGUAUAGAUGCCACCCAUGCUACUGCUGGCUGGAACACACAUUGGUUUCAUUGUUUCUGUAUAUGUGGCUUUUUAGUAAAUCAGUGUCUGCCCUUAUUCAAGAGUCCAAUAUUAAGCUGUCUUUUAUUUAUUGCAAUAAAAUUGUAUGGACUUAUUCUGACAUUCUUCCACCUUUGGUGACUUUUAUUUAGUUUUCACUUUAACUUGCAGUUUUCAGGUAACUAUUUUUCAAUAAGAAAACC